CUGCAGGACUUGCUAGCAGCCAUGCCUGUCAUGAAGGGGCUUCUGGCCCCUCAGAACACCUUCUUGGACACCAUCGCAAAGCGCUUUGACGGCACCCACAGCAACUUCCUGCUGGGAAAUGCUCAGGGCUCUCGCGGCUACCCCAUUGUUUACUGUUCAGAUGGUUUCUGCGAGCUGACUGGCUUUGCGCGGACCGAGGUCAUGAAGAAGACCUGCAUGUGUCACUUUCUGCACGGCACGGAGACGAGUGAGAGAGUGACCCAGCAGGUUCAGAAGACCCUGGAGGGCCAGAGGGAGUACCAGGCUGAAGUCCGCUACUACAAGAAGAAUGGAACUCCAUUUUGGUGCCUGCUGGACAUUGUACCCAUAAAGAAUGAGAAGGGAGAGGUAGUGCUUUUCCUCUUCUCCUUCAAAGACAUCACUGACUCCUACAGCAAGACUCACCACUGCUCCAAGAGUCAGGAAGAUGGCAUCCAGCACAGGAAGUCCAGCCGCUCACAUCUGAGUCGUGCACGCGAGCGUGGGCGGAGCGUUCUGUACCACCUGACCAGUCAGUUCACCAAUAGGAGCAAAGGGAAGCUGGCAAAUAACGUGUUUUCCAAGCCCACUUUACCGGAGUAUAAAGUGGCAUCAGUCCAGAAGUCCCGCUUCAUCCUGCUCCACUAUAGUGUGUGCAAAGCACUGUGGGACUGGUUAAUUCUCCUUGCGACUUUCUACGUGGCCGUCACCGUCCCGUACAAUGUGUGCUUCUCCACCCCUGAUGACAGUAACCAUGACGACCCAGAGUGUGAUUCCACCUCCCGGAGCACCAUCGUCAGCGACAUAGCUGUGGAGAUGCUCUUCAUCCUGGAUAUCAUCUUGAAUUUCCGCACCACCUACGUGGGGCCAGCGGGUCAGGUGGUGUAUGACUCUCGGUCUAUCUGCCUGCACUACUCAGCCACAUGGUUCGUCCUGGACCUCAUCGCUGCCCUGCCCUUUGACCUCCUCUAUGCAUUCAACGUCUCAGUGACGUCGUUGGUACACCUGUUGAAGACAGUGCGAUUGCUACGGUUGCUACGUUUGUUGCAGAAGCUGGACCGCUACUCACAGUACAGCGCAGUGGUCCUCACUCUUCUAAUGUCUGUCUUCGCCCUGCUUGCCCACUGGCUUGCCUGUGUCUGGUACGUCAUUGGCCGCAAAGAACUGGCCAGCAACGACCCGCUCACCUGGGACAUCGGCUGGCUGCAGGAGUUGGGGAAGCGUUUGGAGACCCCCUACACCAACGGCACAGUCGGUGGCCCUUCUAUGCGCAGUGCUUACAUCGCCUCGCUCUACUUCACUCUAAGCAGUCUGACUAGCGUGGGCUUCGGCAAUGUCUGCGCUAACACCGACGCGGAGAAGAUCUUCUCCAUCUGCACCAUGCUCAUCGGAGCCCUGAUGCACGCGGUGGUGUUUGGCAACGUGACAGCCAUCAUCCAGCGCAUGUACUCACGCCGUUCUCUCUACCACACACGCAUGAAGGACCUGAAGGACUUCAUCCGCGUGCACCGUCUGCCUCGGCAGCUGAAGCAGCGCAUGCUGGAGUACUUCCAGACCACUUGGUCCGUCAACAACGGCAUCAACGCCAACGAGCUCCUGCACGACUUCCCUGAUGAGUUGCGGGCAGAUAUCGCCAUGCACCUGAACAAGGACAUCCUGCAGCUGCCACUCUUUUCCUCUGCCAGUAGGGGGUGCCUGCGCUCCCUCUCUCUGCACAUCAAGACUUCUUUCUGUGCCCCGGGCGAGUACCUCAUCCGGCAUGGAGAUGCCCUGCACGCCCACCACUUUGUCUGCUCCGGAUCCCUAGAAGUGCUGAAGGACGGCAUGGUGCUUGCCAUACUGGGUAAGGGGGAUCUGAUCGGAGCAGACCUGCCGGGCCGGGACCAGGUGAUCAAGGCUAAUGCAGAUGUGAAGGCUCUGACCUACUGUGACCUGCAGUACAUCAGCAUCAGAGCCCUGCGUGAGGUGCUGGAUUUGUAUCCUGAAUACGGCAGCCGCUUCACCGAGGACAUUCAUCACAACCUCACCUACAACCUCCGAGAGGGCCAGACUCGAUUUCCUCGCUCACCAAAAAUCUCACAGGAUCUUCAUACAAAGCUGCCCUUCAUCGUGGAAGCGGAUGAAGAGGAUGAUGCUGGACAGGAAGUGGGCAGGCAGCCUUUGCUCUCCAGCAUGGGCAGCUCCUCAUCCCAGUCCACUCUGAGCGCCAUGCUGGGGGAGGAGCUGCGACAUUUUAAUAUGCUCCGCCUCUGCCGCUCUCCAACGCAAGGUUACCGGGGACAGAGCCCCGCCCCGCCAGUGCCAGCCAGUGAAGAGCUGUGUGCGCCUGUGGUCGACACAGGCCCCACCCACCGGCCGGCCAAGCUACUCAUCCCAUCCCUCAACUGCGUCAGCCCGCUGGACCUGAGCCCCAGGGUUGUUGAUGGUAUUGAGGAUAACGAACCAGCUUUUCACUUCAAUGUGGAGCCCAGUGAGGUCAACCCUAACACACAGGUCAAAGACCCCUUUCAGGUGAACGCAAACCUUCUGCUUGAGACUGAAGAAGUCAGACAAAGCAUCUGUCAGCUCAACACAGAGAUGAACCGCUUGAACCAAGAAGUGUCCAAUCUGGCCAAAGAGCUGCAAGAGAUGAUGCAUUUCCUUCAUACUCACAUGACCCUGCCCCACUUCUCCUCCACCCUCCCACCGUACUCAUCCUUCAGCCUCCACGCGCAGCCCAGCAGCACCAGCCUGUCCCCUUCACCUUCGGACUGGCCCACACGGCUACCCUUCAGCAUGGCCACCCCAGCUCCCUGUAGACAAACAGAACAAUCCACCAGGGACACUUUAGGGCUACGGGCCAGCUGUGGAUGCAGUGGGGGACCAGCCCAUGGUAGAGGGUCCGUGGUGGGUCAAGAAGGGGAGCAUGUCCAUCGACCCGCCAGUCCCCACAGCACCUGCCCGCACUCUUUGUGUUGUGCUGAUCAGGAACGAGUGGCUGCCCUGGGUCUGGAGAGCCAGACAAACCCCUUUCAGACUUCCAGGACCACCCCCAACUCACCUUACCUGAGGCAUCAAGCCCCUCGGCCAGUCCCCUCACUCAUUAGCUUGGCCCCAAACUUCUCCUCUAUCUCCGGUCCCACCAGAAUGGCCCCUCAGUUGGGGAUUGGGGCCUCUGUAACACAGAACAAAGCCCAUCCUCUGUGUUCCCAUGGCAACCUCAGCCAGUCUCACCCCUCUCUGAACCUGCAGACAACCCCUGACCUCACAUGUCAACAAUCUACAGCAGCCACGCCCAUCCACAUCUCUCUCACGCCCACUGGCCACCCUCAGCCCCUCACCGCUGUCAGUCCGCUGCUGCAUUCUGGGAUUUGUAGUUCCAGCACAUCACACUUCCCCACAGGGCCCAGACAGAAUGACCCAGUGGGGUCAAGUCCCAUUCACAUGCAUGACCAUGUCCAAACUGCCGCAGGGGAAAUGACAAACACUGGAGAUUUGGGACAAGCUGGGAACUAACAUUGUCCAAAUGUGACAACAUAUCACGAGGAAACAUAUCAUGAAGAAAUGCGGUGCAUACCAGCUCCACUUCAGUUUUAACCCCUUAAACAGCAAGGACCCUUAUGUGUCAUACCAUUAGCUUCAUAGUAAUUACCAAGGGUGGGCAAUGUAAUGAUAUCAUUGCUGUGAUUGCAUUUCAGGACUCUUUUCUGAGUAUAUCCUGGGUAUUAUCAGUACUUCUAGAAUUCUGGACAAAUGCAUUCAUCAUAAAGAUUGAUUUAGAUGAAUUUCAGGGACCACUCUAUAGUAAUUACAUAACCUACACAGAAACAAGUAGCUGAUGAGUAGCAGACCAUUAUCCAUAAUCUUUGGUUCUCUU